AUGGACACCCUGCACGCACCCACCGUUCCCUCUGGGCCGACCAGUAACGGGCUCAUCAAUGGCAACGCGGCCCAUCUAAGCUUUGGUGAGCUCCAACGCAAAAAGCAAGACUUGGAAGAAGAACUCAAGGCUCUUGGUGGUGUUCUCGAUUCACACGGCGUAAACAUGGACACACCACUGCUCACACGAGAUGGCUUUCCUCGUUCUGAUAUCGACGUUGCACAGAUUCGCACUACCAGAGCGCGGAUUAUCCGGCUCAAAAACGACUACAAGGAUCUCAUGAAGCAUAUUGAAAAGCACCUGCACGAGCAUUUCGCAAGUCUAGAUGAAGGCGCAGAAAACGUUGUGCCGGCCGCCGGCAGUGCUGUUCCUCCUGUUCUUCCGGACUCGCAAGCCGAUGCCCUGGAUGAGCCAUUUGCAAGGGUCAACACCGUUGCCGCUGGCAGUCCUGCAGAUCGUGCCGGCUUGAAGGAGGGUGACGAGAUUCGCAACUUUGGCUACGUAAACAAGUCCAACCACGAUAAUCUUAAGCGAGUAGGGGAGUGUGUUCAGGGAAACGAAGGGCAAAAUGUUUUCAUCAAGGUGUCUAGGGCCUCUGGAGUGGCUCAACGGCAGGAAUUGCGCCUGACUCUGACGCCUACCCGAAACUGGGGCGGCCGUGGCAUGCUCGGGUGUCACAUUCUCCCGUUAUAA